AUGCCCCGCCGAUCACAUCCCGAGACUGUGGAGAAGCGCGGGCGGAACGCGUGCUGGAAGUGCAAAGAGCGUCGGAUUAGAUGCACGCUAGAGAGGCCCAUCUGCAGCAACUGCGCCCGAGGCAAACACGUGUGCAAGUAUGGUCGGAAGCUCUUGUGGAGAGAGGAGGCCCUCGCCAGGGGCAUCUGCUUUGGACGACAAGGUAUCUCCGGCCGAACUCCUGAGGUCCCGAUUAUUGUUCACCACAUGAGCGCAAGGGCGUUUCAAGGGAAAGUCUACUUUCUGAACAUUACUUUGGAUGACUAUAUCGAACCGGGCUGUGGUACGGGGCCAGCUGAGCUUGGCCAAAAUGAGCAAGCAAAGUGCACCGGCGAAGGUCUGGGAGAGCCUACAAGCGAUAGUGAAGACCGGGACGAGGAAAUAGGUGCAGUGGAGGAGGACCCGCCAUUCGAUACCACUACGAACGGCGACCCCGUGUUCCAUUCCCCAUACCCCUCCCAAGGACUGUCCAUGAUUCCAUCUGCACAGAACUCCACAGACUUUCACCUUUUCGACUUCUUCGUGAGCUGUUUGUGUCCCAACCUCAGCAACUCGACGACAGAAAACCCAUACUGGGAGUUCGUCGUGCCGUUAUCAUUCUCAUCUGUCCCUCUAUUCCAUGCGCUCCUUGCCUGGGCCGGCCAUGAAGCCUCCUUCGCGAACCAGGCUGAGAAGUAUCGGUACAAUGUCGCCUCAGUCAAGUACAAGCUUCGGGCUUUACGGGGAUUGAGGAAUGAGAUCACGGCUAUGCAGGGAGAGUGGCUCGAUAGACAGGGCAAUUCUCCACCGGACAACUGGGCCUCGAUCCUGGCAACGAUAAUUAUCCUGUCAUGCACAGACAUCGCCGAGAUGUGCUCCCCAGAGUGGAUGGACCACCUGCGUGCCGCCCGUGUCCUCUGCAACUUGGCCUGGCCUAGACGCCCCGGCCUGCCCGACAAGUUUCGCAAAUUCUGCGUGAUGUGGUUCGUGUCGCACGACAUCAUGAGCCGCACAGCCUGGAUCAGGGAAAACAUUUUCGAACCUAGCGAGUGGUUCGCCGGCGACGAAGACACCGAGAUUGACCCCAUGAUUGCGUGUUCGCGUGGACUUCUACAACAAGUUUCGGCGAUUGGCACUUUGAUCCUAAACCUGCGGGCGAGGAGGGUGACCUUGUCUGAAAUUGAAGAAGAGGAGGAAGCGGCGAGUUUUAGGAGACGUCGCGACGCCAUCGAAGAAGCGCUGCAGGCCCUACAUCAACGAAGCUCUACGGAUAGCGACGGCAGCGAGUCUACGGGGGAACUGCUUCAAGUAGCUGAAAGCAAGAGACUGUGCGCUCUCAUCUACCUCUACGCUUGUGCUGACGGCGCCACGCCCGCAUCACCCGUAAUUCAGGGCCUGACGCGUCGGGUCAUAGGCAUUAUGGGCAAUCUUACUCCUAAGCCGUCGGUUAUCUUUCCUCUUUUCGUUGUGGGUACUAUGGGGGACGAGGUGGAUAGCAACGGCAGUAAAAGCACAGGAUAUAGUCAUGAAUGUAUGGCUUGA